CUUAUUAUCUUAGUUUAUUUUAAUAUCCAAGAGACAUCAUUUUCCUUUACAACGUUUGGUUAGGUUUUGUCCAAUCUUUAACUAAUCUCCGCCUUUCAUGAGCAGAUGAUGUUGGGGUUGGUAAUUCCGUCUUCAUCAACACUAUCUCCGGCUAAGUCCUCUUCUAUCAAACGCCAUGAACCAUUAAUAACGGAACGAAACAGUAGGAUUGAAUCAGAUCUAUCUUGGUCAUAGUGAUAAUAUAUGGAGAUUGUUUGAUUACGUUGGUGAUUAUAAAGAGCUUCUCCACAUGUAAAAGAAGAUUCACAUAUGAAAUAAGGGUUAUCUCCUGGGGUUGUUCAUCAUGCGAUUGUGGAAGCUGAGGGUAUUAGUCUUCUUUGGAUCUAAUACUCUUCCAUUGGUAGAAAUGUUUAAGUUAUCGACUAAUUGACAUGUUUUAUAACCCCUUGCGAAGUUAAAUGUUAGAGAUAUUAUUGCUUCAUUGAUCUUCAACACUGAAUUGAUUUAUGUUAAUAGUUUUGUAAAUUUGAUUGUAGGAUAGCCAUGAAGUAGUUAAUUUUAGGAUUUUCAACAUCAAAUCAAUGAAGUAAUUACUUCUCAGGAUUAUUAGUAGUAAUUAAGUGUAGAUAAUACAUUAACUACACUUAUCUACAAGUAUUAAUAUCAUGUAAUAAGCUACAAAUUUCAUCUCAUUCGUUUUGCAUCAAAAGUUAAUGUACAUGCAUUAAGAAAUUUCACUUGAAUGUUAAAAAAGAAAAAAAAUCACUUGAAUGCUAUAACAAUUGAGUAUUACAUUUAGAUUGAAUCCUAACAAAUAUAUAAGUAUAUAUGUGAUGUGUAGAUGCAUAAGUUUACAUUUUAACAUGACAAUGAAUGUUUUUGUACGAGCUCUUGCCAGUAAUUUAACUCAUGCGUUUGCACUUUUAAGAUCUAUUCUCCUAUAUAUCAUUAGAUCCAUUCAUCAUGUAUUGGUAGUACAUAUACAAGGUUUAUUAAACUAACUGAUUUCAUCAUCAUAAAAUUACUUAUGGUUGCCUGUGAUUUGUUGCACUAGUUUUCUUCCAGACAUAUAUAUUUUUUCUGUUCUUUGACAACAAAUGCGUGAUCAUCUCCUAGAAAUUAGGUUUCACCCAUCAGCUAGUCUCCCUCUCUUGAAGGCUGUAAGAUAAUUUCUCUUGUAUAUUGUUCUCUACAAGCCUCCUAUAUUAUGUCUUCAAAUUCUCAACUUUUAGCGUUUUGCCAGUUAAUCAUAUGUAGAUAUAUCUUAACUGGUGGUGGUGGGUACGUACUAUGGAGAUUUUUUUAAUUACAUUGGUGAUUAAUGAGCUUCUCCAUAAGAGAAGAUGUCACAGAUUAAAUAUUGUUGGAGAAACAUUGACUGCCGGAGGUCAUGCUUGAUAAAUGGGUAUCUUUUUGCUUCGGACUAGUGGGGACUGUAAGAAGAUGAAGGCCACUAAUUUACAUAAAGAAAAGAAACCGAUUAUUCGAUGACUCUCUAAGAAGUCAAGCUAUUUUCUUCGUUUUAUAGCUUUCUUGUGUAUCGUAUUCAUAUGUCACUGGGUCUUGUUAGACUUCUUAAGGGAAAUUAUAACAUGAAGCUUUUUUUUUGCUUUUCCAGGGUUAUUUACUUAGGUUGUUCAGGUGCUCAUGCGGUUUCUGGAGGCUGAGGAUAUUAUUAGUCUCCUUUGGAUAUGGUAUUCUUCCCAUUGGACUUAUUUUGCAAUGGAUAAGUCUACUCCAUUUCCAAUCGAAGCUACACCGUUCAGCUACUUAAUUCCGAGCUUUGCUGACGAUGACAACAAUCAGAUGGAGAACAUCUCAUCACCAACUUUUCAAGGAGUUACACCACUUCAAACCGUUGGUGACAAUGAGACCCAUUACACAGCAACACCUCCCAUUCCUAUAGCCUCGCUGCUUCAACCCGCUGAUGAGGAAGCCUACAAUACACCAGCACCCUCGGAACCUAUAUUAGUGGCCACACCGCUUCAUUUCUUUGCACCAUCCGACGAAUCCAACUCUGUUAAUGUUGAUCCCAGCAUAGGUCCUAGCAAAAGAGGACGAGGCCGACCAAAGGGUUCAAAAAAUUCAAAGACGUCCAAGAAGAAGAUGGAAACGUGUCAACCCAACAACGAAAUGGUUGCAUCUGGUGAUAAUGAUGAAACUCACAAAACGUCAUUAUCCCCGCAUCAUCUAGUGGACACCAAUCCUCUAGCUAUUGUACCUUACGAUUACUCCAACAACAACAACUCUUUGGCUGAUGACGAUGUUGCUCCGAGUAGCGGUCUUAUUAAAAGAGGACGGGGCCGACCAAAGGGUUCAAAGAGCGCCAAGACACCUAUGAAGAAGCUGAAAUCCCAUGAUCCUGAGGACAAAACGGUAGUAUCUUGUCCGACCUUGGACGUGAUGAUAACCGAAGAGGAGAAAGAAAAUGGGAAUCAAGAGCUGGUGGAUUCGGUUCUGAUGCGCUUCGACGCCGUCAGACGUCGCUUAGUCCAAGUAAACUGUGGUAAAGCUGUGCUUACAACUGCCUUCAGUAGCUUUAACAAUCUGGGUGUCAGGACUAAUAGGAAGAAGAGACUCGGUCCGGUUCCAGGAGUAGAAGUCGGAGCUAUAUUCUAUUACUGGGGAGAGAUGUGUUUAGUUGGACUCCAUACUCAGAUGCCUGCUGGUAUCGACUAUCUACUUGCAAAAGAUGGUGCAACGGAAGGGUUAACAACAAGCGUAGUUACAUCGGGUCAUUACAACGAUAAAACUGACGAACUUCACACUUUAGUGUACACCGGGCAAGGAGGAACGGAUAAGGAUGGUAAACCUAGAGAUCAAGAGCUUAAAAGAGGAAACCUCGCGUUGAAAACGAGCAAAGAGAAAGGAAACGACGUCAGAGUGAUAAGAGGUGUAGAAGAUCCAGACGAUAGCAAGAGAAAAAUAUAUAUCUACGAUGGUCUCUAUGUGGUAUCCGAUUAUUGGACAGAAAAAGGGACCACUGGAUUUGAUGAAUACAAGUUUAAUCUUGUGAGAAAGCAAGACCAGCCUUCUGGUUAUGCCACUUGGAAGCUAGCUGAAGAGUGGAGGAAGCGUGGUUUGACUCAUGAGGAUCCGAGAAAGGGUUUUGUAUUUGAAGAUCUUUCUCUUGGAAAGGAGAAGUUACCAGUUCCGGUCGUGAAUGAGAUCGAUGAGAACGACAAGGACUGGCCUCAUGACUUCACCUACAUCACCUCUCCGAUAAGUUUAAGUACCCUGGACGACGUCGUUAUGAACCAUCAACCUCAUGCAUGUGACAAUUGUCAAGGUCAGUCGUGCGGAGAUCCAACGUGCCCAUGCAUUCAAAGAAACGGCGGCGUUUUACCGUACGAUAACCGGAUUUUGAUCUGUCGUAAACCGAUGAUUUACGAAUGCGGCGACUUGUGUUCUUGUCCUCCGGACUGCAAGAACAGGCUAACUCAAGGCGGUUUGAAGAUCCGGGUGGAAUUGUUCAAGACAGAGAGAUGCGGUUGGGGGCUACGUUCGUGGGAGCCGAUACGAGCUGGGACUUUCAUCUGCGAGCUGGUCGGCACGGCUAAGAGAAGAGACGAAAUAGAGGAAGACGACGAGUACGUCUUUGACACCUCUCGAUUUUGCAAAAACUUUACGUGGAACUACGAACCUGAACUUGUGGGUGAAAACUGCUGGGACCAAGUAUGUGAAGCUUUUGAACUUCGGUCGGAAAUCUUGGUCAGCGCUAGAUGGACUGGUAAUGUUAGUCGGUUCAUGAACCAUAGCUGCUCGGCUAAUGUUAUGUGGCAGCCUGUUGAGUUUGAAAAAGAUGGUCAGCCUUCGGUUCGUAUUGCAUUUUUUGCAAAGAAGCAUAUACCUCCGUUGACGGAGUUGAGGUAUGAUUAUGGAAUGUCUUAUGAUACUGGAGAGGUUGAUGAAGAUGGGAAGCGGAUUUUUAUAGGUAAAAAGGAUUGCUUAUGUGGUUCAGAGAAGUGUCGUGGUUCUUUUGAGUGAGGUUGAACUUUUUAUUAUUAUUGUUGUUGUCCUUUUUUU